UGUAAAACCGCAUGUGGUUUGUUUACAAUAUUUAGGUGAGACGUUCCAUGAGACAGAUACUGAUAUAGGUGUCUGCAUGUCUAGUCUACCACCGCUUGUUCUGACACCUGAAGUUAACAACCAUCUGAAGUGUUCACUGCUGCAGUCGUGGCAAUUGUCCAGCCCUCAGGAAGAUGGAUCAGCCAAGUAUGAUAAACUUGUUAGAAAGCUUGGGACACCUCCUCUAUUCACCACCCUGAGGACAAACCCAAUGGCGGGAAGGACACACAAAGACUUGCUAGAUGUAGUGAAGGCAGAAAUAGCUAAAAAUUACAAUGAAAAGGGAUGGCAGGAGCCCUGUAUCUACUAUCACUCUGUAGUGAAGAAUCUUAUUGUGGUGGAUGGAAGGGGACCAGACCUGGAUCUUCAGAAGCAUGACAAGCAGGUUGUGGUGGACUUGGCAUGUGGGAUGGCAGUGUUACGCGGGGCUGAUGUAUUUGCACAGGGAAUUAUGGGAUGUCCAUUGGGAAUGAGUGAGGAAGAUGCUGUGUCUGUGUAUUGUGAUGUCAACCACACCUGUCUAAAGGGAGCUACGAAAUUUCAGGAAGGAUCCAUGGUGUUUGUGGGAAAUGGCACUGCUCGUGUCAGCAGGGAGAAACUGUUCUGUUCCAAAGAAAGUGUCAGUGGUGUUGGAAUCAGUAUGACACAGCCUUUAUUUGAAGCCCCAUGUCUGACAGAUCUGUGCUCUGAUCUUAUCUUUCCACAAAAUCUUCCCUCUGUUGUGGUCGGUCAGACUCUUGAUCCCAAACAAGGGGAGACCAUCCUGGAUAUGUGCGCUUCGCCAGGUGGAAAGACCGUGCAUAUUGCUUCACUUAUGGCAGAAAAGGGUCGACUGGUUGCUUUGGAUAAAUCACAAGCUAAAAUUGAUAAAAUCAAGAAAAAUGCUGAAAACUGGAAUUUAAAUUUUAUUGAAACCUAUCCAUUUGAUGCAAGACGUUCAUGCACAGAUUCUGCUGAUCUGUGUGGGGGGCCUCCCUAUCCACCAGGUAUGUUUGACCGUAUCCUACUAGAUGGCCCAUGUAGUGCUCUAGGCCAGAGGCCCUCCAGCAACAACCAGAUGUCCCUCAAGUCCUUAAAAUCCUAUCCUUGCUUGCAGAGACAACUAUUCCAACAGGCAGUGAAGCUACUUAGACCAGGAGGAACUCUAGUGUACAGUACUUGUACUAUCACAAUGGAGGAGAAUGAAGAACUUGUGUUGUGGGCACUUCAAACAUUUUCCUGCUUGUCCUUAGCUACAAUGGAGCCUCAUCUAGGAAACAAGGGAAGAGCCUGUGCCGGGCUGAGUGGAGAAGACAGAGAUAAGCUACAGCUGUUUCUACCUGGAUGUGAUGACCAGAUAUCACCAGGCACGGACACUAUUGGAUUCUUUAUAGCCAAGUUCCUAAAGUCAUCAAGUUAGCAGGGGCAUUUGUCUCUAGUGUUUCUCAAUGUAAAGGGAUUUUAUUUGCAACAAGAGUUCCACAAAGCGUUACAUGAUACGCCCGUCAGAUGUCUAAUGGGCAGUGUGCCACAAAGGGUCAUAAGUGCAUAAAGUUAUUGCGCAGAAAUCAUGUUCCGACAAUUCUACAAAAGGCCGUAAGUUCGUAAAUUAUGGCUGAAGUUUGAAAUGAAUCCUUUCAAAAUUUCUCAAAUUAUGAGCGGAAACUGUUACCUCAAUUCUAUAAAGGGCCAAAACUCCCUUAAUAACAGGCGGAUAAUGGUUAUCAAACUUGUCCAAGCUUUCAUAGAUAUGAACCUUCCUAUGGAGUUUGAAAUGAAUCCAUUCAAAAUGACUGAAGUUAUUUAGCGGAAACUGUUUCAGCAAUUCUACAAAGGGCCAUAAAUCCGUAAAUAACCAGCAAAUAAUUUUUGGUUAUUGGACUUGUCCGAGCUUUCAUAGCAAUGAAACUUCCUACCAAGUUUGAAAUUAAUCCAUUCAAAAUUACUGAAGCUAUUGAGCGGAAACUGUUUCGGCAAUUCUACAAAGGGCAAUAAAUCCGUAAAUAACUGGCAAAUAAUUUUGAUUAUCAAAUUUGUCCGAGCUUUCAUGGCAAUGAAACUUCCUACCAAGGUUGAAAUUAAUCCAUUCAAAAUUACUCAAGUUAUUGAGCGGAAACUAAUGAGUGCCCGCCCGCCCGAACCCCCUCCCGCGUGAAAACAUAAUACGUUUCGUCAUUCGACGGGCGUAUAAAAAUGGAGAAUCCUUUUAAGUGUUUCUGCAUUGAUGUUCAAUCAAAAGCCAUGAUAGAAAUAUGUAGCAAUGCAGUUCAAACAACACCAUUUAAGAUAUAUACACGAUACUAAAUGACAUUUUCUAUUCAAAUAAGAACUAGAAUCUGAGACACAGUCUGAAGUGUACAAUGUUGGAAAGUUUCUAAAGCUGAGCGAGUUGAUAGAUAGCGUUUGAUUACAAGUAUCACUAUUAUAAUAUUUAUUGGUGUUGGACCUCUCCUUAAGGUUUUGAAAUCAUGUGUUAUUAAAGAAAGUCAGUAAUGUCAGUGUCCAAGUCGUAGAGGUUUGUUAUGUUAUAAAUGUAUACUACACACUGUUAUGUUAUAAAUGUAUACUACACACUGCUAUGUUAUAAAUGUAUACUACACACUGCUAUGUUAUAAAUGUAUACUACACACUGCUAUAUUAUACCUAAGUUAAUAUACGUUAUGGUUUUGGAAACUUAUGAUAUUUUUGCAUCUAUUGCUCCUAAUAAUUAGUCAUAAAUCCUAUCUUAAGGAAAUUUAAUGGCACAGAGUAUGUAGAUGUGUAAUAAAGAUUUUGAAACCCUUGAAUCUUGACGAUGGGUAUGUCUGACUAGGGAUCGUGUUUCAAGAAGCAGCCAACUUUUAAAUCAGAAGUGAUCUCCAAAUAUAUAAGCAUAGAAGUAGAUUUAUAUGUAGAUAAUCAUAGGAAUCAGAAAGUUUUUUAUCCUACAAAUUAUUUUCAACCUGUUGUCUGUCGCUAACAUUGGCAGUUUGUAUACUUGUUUCUGUAUCUUUGCCAUCCACAAGAUCCACAGGGUCUUUACGGGAUUGAAUCUGGAAAAUAUAGGGUCAAAUGAUUAAUGUCAAUUUCGUUAUGAACACAAACAGUAAUUGUAAAUUUCUUUUUGCAAACUUUCAAAAACGUCUGUUUCCUUGGUGAAAUGUGCAGAUGACUAGUGUCUUGACUCUAAACCGAUGAAAACAACUCAGUAAGCCACAAUGUGACGAGUCAUUGAAGUUAGCUUUCAGAAAUCAUUGAGAUAUUUUGCCAAAUAGCACUUCUGAAUGAUAAGGUCAAACAUGUACCAGUAGGGAAACACGUACCGGUAUAUCGGAAAUAAAAGGGCCCAAAAGUAAUGCAGUUGAUGCAGCCAAUUAAUUUCGAUACAAUGUACCUUAAAUGUCAGCGGAUAUUCCACCAAUUAUGUAGGGGAGCCAUAUUACUCAUAUAUGAUGCUUGAACUAAAAUGGGUUGCAGACGUCGGAAGCUGAUGGAACUAUUUACAUUCUUACAUCUGUUAAAUACAGUUUUCUUAGCCGAUACAACAACCUAUUCAUGAAAAUGCAAUAAAAAGUAUAAAUCA